AGUACUCUAUGACUUACCCAUUUUAUGUGCAAUGUGUAUUUCACUAAUUCUAAUCCAUCUUUUGUUGCAGGUGUUGAUGCUCACCAACUUCCAGAUUUAUCAGAAUACAGAAACUACAUUAAAAACAAAUUCGAAACAAUGAAAGAUCCUAAUGCUGUUCCUGGUGAAUAUGUGCUCUUGAAUAAGAGAUACUCAAAGCUAAUGAUCCUAGAUUAUUACCCAUCUAAAGAGGAGAGAGAACAUGAAAUUCUGGCUAUGGGAAAGAAAUAUUAUUAUUCAACCAGCAUAGAAACAUUAUUUAACCCUGAUAAAUAUGGAUUAAUUCCACAAGUUGUUGUACUACAAGGAGCUGCAGGAAUUGGAAAAACCAUAAUGGCCAAAAAAAUCAUGCUUGAUUGGGCUUCUCAACAUCUUUACCAGGACAAAUUUGAUUAUGUUUUCUAUAUUUGCUGUAGAAAGAUGAAUCUCCAUGCAGAGACAGAGGAGAGUAGCAUUGCAGAUAUAAUUUCAGAAGGAUGGCGCAAGGGUCACUCAUUGAAAAAUGUCAUUCAAAACAUACUGAAGAAUGAAGAAAAGCUUCUGUUCAUAAUUGAUGGGUUUGAUGAAUUAAGGCAUUCCUUUGAUCAGUCCAAAGAUUCCUUUUGCUUUGAUCCCUGGGAGAAGAAGCCGGUGAGAAUUCUUUUGAGCAGUUUAUUUCAAAAAAAGCUUUUUCCUAAAUCCUUUCUUAUAAUCACAACAAGACCAACUGCUUUGGAGAAACUCCAUCAAUGUUUAGAGCGCCCAGGUUAUUUUGAGAUACUGGGAUUUUCUACAGUGGAAAAAAUAGAAUAUUUCUACAAUUUUUUUGAAAAUAAAGACCAAGCAACUCAAGUUCUCAGAUUUGUUGAACAAAAUGAUACACUUUUCACCAUGUGUGUCAUUCCCCUUGUGAGCUGGAUCAUCUGCACAGUGAUGAAACAGGAGAUGGAGAGAGGCAAAGAUCUUCAGAAGACACCAUACACUCUCACUGCAAUCUAUAUGCUGUAUCUCUCCAGUUUGUUAAAGUAUCACCAUAAAGAAUCCAAACAGGUUGUCCAAACCAAUGUGAAAGGCUUAUGCUCUUUAGCUGCAGAAGGAAUCCACAAACGACAAAUACUAUUUAUGGAGGAAGAAGUCAAGAAGCACAUUUUAGAUCAGGAAAACUCCCUCCCCCUUUUUCUGAAUCAGGGCAUCUUCAAAGAGGACAUUGAUUGUAUUCAAACCUACAGCUUCAUUCAUUUAAGCUUCCAGGAGUUUUUUGCUGCUUUGUUUUAUGUCCUAGAAGAAGGAGAUGAGCAGCAUUCUCAAAAUCUGAAUAAAAAUUUGCAGACAUUAUUAGAAACACAUACAUCUUUUAGGACUGAUUUUGCAGUAGUAUUUCGCUUCCUCUUUGGUUUUUUAAAUGAAGGGGGAAAAAUGAGGCAGUUGAAAAAAAAACUUGGCUGGAAAAUUUUUCCUAAGUAUAAAGAAUCUAUGGUAGACUGGGUGAAAAAUAAUCUAAAAAAGCGGGGAAAGCAAAAAAAAAAAAUGUUUAGUUAUUUGUAUGAGACACAAGAUGGUAAUUUUAUAAAAAACGCACUAUGUGAUAUCACUGAAAUAUUUGUUUGCUGUAAGUCUGAAAUGGAAUUGAUGAACUUCAGCUAUUGUAUACAACACUGCCAGAAUUUAAAGGAUAUCAGGAUUGACAAUUUGGACGAUAUGGACGAUAUGGACGAUAUGGACGAUAUGGACGAUAUGGACGAUAUGGACGAUAUUGGUUUUAUAGGACAUGAGGAUCGGUGUUUGGAUAAAAGAAAUGUGGAAGACUUCUUUGAAGCACUGACGCAACUGAAAAACUUAGAAUAUCUGAGUUUGAUAGGAUGGCCUCUCAAAGAGUCCUGUGGCAGGUAUUUGGCUGAAGUCUUCAAGAACAAUCAGAGAUUGAAAAAGUUACAUUUGUAUCCCAAGCACAUAGAUGACAGAACAGUAAAAUUGCUGUGUAAGGGGCUCCAAGAUCCACACUGCAAAAUAGAAAUCCUAGAACUUGGUAAAGACUUCCUGACUGAAUCUUGCACCAGGCAUGUUGUAGAAGUACUCAGCAAAAACCAGAGAUUGAGAAAAUUACACUUGAAUAUGAUGAAAUCAGAUGACAAUGCAAUGGAACUAUUGUGCGAUUGGCUCAAACAAGACUUGAGGCUGCAAUUGCUGCCAAAGAUGCUUCAAAAAAGUACUGAAUGA